CCUGUCCGUCAUGUUGCACAAAACUUUUCAUAUUUUUUCACAUAUGGCUCACCAUUUCGCAAUGCGAACAAUUUUCAAUGCAAAAAUUGGCGAUGCAGCCUACAUCCAGGAUGAACUGUCUUCGUCGCUAUCCUCUUCUGUGGCCAGCAAAUUCAAAGAAUUUUCGAAGCGCAAACGCAUUUCGGACAGUUUCUCGGAUCUUUCAGAAGAACUUGAGAGAAUAGGUUUGCGACAGAUGAGGAAACGCAUUAAGUUGGAGAAAUCGUUCGAAAGAACUCCCAAAAAGAAGGUCCAGACCAAGAAGCAUUUACCACCGGUUCGGAAGAAGGAUAGCGUGAAACGUCGCCGCAUUAUUAUAGCGAGCCCCAGUGAUGAAGAACAUGAUGGAAAAGUUCAGACCAAUGACGACUCAAGUGAGAACAAAACAGAGAAGCCCAAAAACCAAAGUAACUGCUCAUCCAAUGCCAGUAAAUUGAGCGAAGCGGCCCAACUGUUAAACGUCAGUGAGGAAAAAUCUUCCAUCUCGGAAACCGAGCUGGAAAGAUCUCGCCAAGUCGCUCUCAACGAACUGAACAAAUCGGAGCGGUUUAACAAGACAGAAACGCAACUCGAUAUCAGCGUCAUGGAGGUAGACUCCUCGGAUCACGACGAGGAGGAGAAGACAGAGAAGGUUGGAGCCAAGAACAACAGAAGCCUGUACGAAAUCGUGGAUUCUGAUGACGAGGAAGAGCAAGAUCAAGACCAAAGUGAUGCAGCUAAACCAGCUGAAAGCGAAAACCAUUCCGAAAUUAAAAAAUCUACAUCUUUCAUGGACCAAAUGUCUGGAGCCAAAGGCAACAAAAGCGUAUACGAAAUAAUGGAUUCUUAUGAAACUGAAGACCCUAAGGAGGCUGGUAAAAACGAGGAGUCUGAUAAGGACAAACCGGCCGAAAACGGGAAGUCUGAUAAAGACAAACAAGCCGAAACCGAGAUGUCUGAUGAAGAUAAACCAUCUGAAAUCAAAAGCCCUUCCACAAUCAAAAAAUCCAUAAUUUCAACUGCGGAUGAAGAAGCUCUGCUCGCCGAAUUGGCCUCUAGUGAUCUAAGCCAUUUGGAAAAAAUGUUUAACCCUCUACAGAAAUCCCGCCGCCAGUCCUUACAUGUCCCCAGUCCCGAGCUGGCAGCCAAGAAUCCCAAACUGAGACGCCGUAGUGAACGGGUUGAAGUUGGCAAUGACUUCUGCCCCUCGCAGUCCUUUGUUGACAUGGUGGCCGAGAAAAAGAGGCAGAAAAACAAGCGCAAGCGCCUGUCGAAAAGCCUAUCAGGCGCACCAGAGGAUCUUGAGGAAAUGGAGAUUAAGCACGAGCGCAAGCGCCUUAAGAGCUCACAUGGUGCUUCCACGGAUUCAAUGGAGGAGGACAACGAAAACGAAACAAUGACUGUCGCCGAGGAACAUCACAGCGACGGGGAAGUCUCGAAUGGUGAAGUUCCUAUUGAAGAAAAGCCCACUACUUCAUCUGAGAAACCAUCUGCGUCGGAAUUACCUGAAGAAGGUAAUUCAGCGCCACCGGCGCUGAAGAAGGAUGUAAAGCGCCUACAGGCAGCGCGCCAGGCUGUGAGUCAUGCUGUUAAUCUUCUGGCGCCACCAAAAGCCACCGAAGCAGAGCCACGUACGCUCUCGCGCAAAUUGUCGCCACAGCCGCCAGUGGUGGACAAGAAAUCAGCCAAACAGAAGAAGAAGGGGAAGAAGAAGCAAAAGCCCCAGGAGGCAUCACCGCUAAAGAGUUCCGAUGAGGAGAACCACGGCCAUCGUAUUCGAACAAAUGCUGGCUACGUGACGGUGGUCGAUGAGCCGCCCACUAAAGUUCCCAUAAUCGAGCUGAUUAAGACAAGUUCGGGCAUGGUUCGAGUUGAGCCGUGCACACCCAAACAGAAGUAUUUCCGCGAGCUGCCGCCCACACCGAAAAUGCAUGGGUUCCGCGAGGAGCCAGGACCCUCCGGGAUGUCAAGGAAGCGGGCCAAGCACGCAGCACCAAAGGUCGAACACAAUUCCGCCAAACAGGCGGCGCUGCGCUUCAAGGAGCAGAUCUUUGCUCGCAGAUCUUAGGAUACAUUACAUUUAGAGAAAAAUUAGUGGAAAUGUUAAGUGUACACAAUGCAUACUUCAGUUUUUGUUUCUUUUCAUUAGCAUUUCCCCGAUUGAAUUUGAUUCUAUUAUUUGUUCUAUUGGUUAUUUGUUACGCAAGCCCUUGCUCUUUGCCAUAUAUUAUUAUUUUGUUCAAUUGCACAUCACUUAACCACACUUAACGCUAGCAAGUUGGUUGUUGAUCCAAUCAAGAUAUGAAAUCAAUUAAGAAAUUUUCGAACUUGUCCCAUUUUUUUUUUGAGCAUCUGAGAAAUAGAAAAUAAAGCCUACCCAUACAAAUAC